UCCCGUGCGGCAUUCCUUACUCUAUUGUUACAUUGUAACAAACCGGGGCAGAAGAGAGGCCCGCAGGGUCCUCGGGCCGACAAACACUACACCUAAUUUUUGUUUUUCUUUCUUUCGGUGUGGAAACAAAACGUUGCGAUUUGUCGAAACAUAGCGCCGAACACAGACACCUAUUCAAAGGGAAAAUAAACCUCGAAGGCUCGACUCUGUUUGGUCUUUUUCAAUGCGGGCAUUUUAAAGGAUCAUCUGUUUUAUCUCCAUUUUAUCCGAUGUAUCCACGCCAGGAUUUUUCAAUUUUUUUGUGAAUGAGGUCCUUGUCUGCCUUCGUCUGCCCCGUUUUUUUCUUUUAAGAGCUUGACUGCAACGUUACAUACUCGCAUUGGCUUCUUGGUCGACAAACCUCCCUUUAUAAUACAAGUAAAGAGUAAUAUUAAUUUUUUACGAUGCUUAAAUGAUGUGGCAUCACCAUAGCUUCGUGAUCAAUCUGUUAUUUCCCUUUUGAUCCGACCAUUUCCAUGGGCUGAAGUCGCUUUUUUGUCUGUCAUCUUGUAACCUUGUGGAACUCAGCUACAUAAAAGCCGAAUCUUCAAAGAAAAUAAUUAAAGCAACAGUACGAUUUAAAGGCUCUCUGUUUCUGCCCAAGACGCCGUGUUUCCAUGGAGACAGUGUUAUCUCGCGGCCUGAAGCGCAGAUUCGAGGAGGUGGACAGCGGUUCGCCGUGUUCCACACCAAAAUAUUCGGACGAUGACAUCUCCAGCAGUGACAGUGCAGAUAGCUGCGACAGUCUUAAUGCUCCCUCCAGCUCUCUCACACCUCCCUCCAUUCUUAGAAGACACAAGGCCUCUUUAGGUCGUAAACAGGUACGCUUCGACGCAGUGACGGUUUACUAUUUCUCCAGAAAGCAAGGCUUUACCAGUGUGCCCAGCCAAGGUGGGAGCUCUCUGGGCAUGGCACGGCAUCACUGCGCCAUACGCCAUUACACCCUUGGCGAGUUUGCACGAGAACAGGAGAGCAGCCACAAGCUUGUACUGCGUCAGCACCUACGACAAGAAAAGCUCAAUGCUCGCAAGUUAAAGCUGACACGGAAUGGAACUGUGGAUAGUCCGGAGGCCGAGUUGCUUACACUGGACGACAUAUCGGAUGAGGAUCUGGACGUGGAAAGCGUAGAUGUGGAUGACUGCUUCUUCCUCCAGCCUCUCCCCACGAAGCGGCGCCGAGCGCUACUGAGGGCCUCGGGGAUCGCCCGCAUAGAUGCCAGAGAGAAGGCCGAGCUGCGUGCCAUACGUCUUUCCCGUGAGGAAUGCGGCUGUGACUGCCGCUUCUACUGCGACCCUAGACACUGCGGCUGCAGCCAGGCUGGAAUCAAAUGCCAGGUGGACCGGAUGUCCUUUCCAUGCGGCUGCACCCGUGACGGUUGCGGCAACUCAGCUGGCCGAAUUGAGUUCAACCCUCUUCGUGUGCGUACACACUAUCUCCACACCAUCAUGAAGCUUGAUGUGGAUAAGAGAACCCUACCUGGUGUUCGGUCAGGAGAAGACGGUGCAGAGGAGGCCGAGUUGGUCUCCUCACCAUCUCUGUCCCUUUCGCCCUUGGACUCGGACGUGGAAACCCAGAGUAUCCAGGACCUGCAAGAGGAACAGUGUGACAGCCUGGAACGUGAGAAUGAAACAGCCGUCCUCCACCUGCAGAGCGCCGAAGAACUAGAGAGGAGGCGCGAACAAGAGGAGCAGCAGGUAGAGGAAGCGGAGACCUCCGAUCCAACUCUCUGCCUCCUGCAAGGAGCCUUGACCGGCCAGGCUGGGAUGGAGGACAUGGAGGGAGUUCUUCUAGAAGGACAUUUUCCCGAAGGUGCCACCUUGCUUUGUAUUACAGAGAACCAUGCAGAUGACCAGAGGCUGCUCAAAGACCCUGCUUCUGUCCUCUACUAUCAGGUAGGUCACAUGGAGACGGCUUCCUUUGAGGCACUUCCUGCACAAGUCGAAGAAGUGGUGAGCGACGUCGGGGAUCCAGAGGCGGAGAGCGAUCGGCAAAAACAAGAAACCUGCGGGCAGGAUUCGGCCGAACGCUCAUCUGCUGAAGUACCGUCGCCUCCGGAAAGUAACCUGAACGGGGGCGAAGAGCAUCUUUGUCCAGAACAGGUCUCAAAUGACAAGGAAUGCCUUGAGACGUGCCUGGCACUGGAUGAAAAGGCAGUACAGCUUCCUCCAGAAGUGUAAAGCCUAUCACCUCUGCAGAUGUUUUGCACAAGUUAGUCAAUAAAUUGAAAGACAGCCUACUCCACACAGUGCAGUAUGUUACCAGACUGCACAAAGUUGAUUUAUUGUUAAAGAAACAAAUGAUCUACAUGAGUUUGUACCAGAUUUAAUUGCCGAUACGCAUGUACUGUAUUCAAAAUAAGUUGUCAGUGGUAAAAUAAGUUAUUAAAAAGAAAAACAUAGAUUAAUUUAUUUAAAAAAAGAUAAAGAAACUCAAGAGAAUGGGAGAUCUUGAUUUAACAAGUGUUUUUUUUUUCAAUGCAGUAUCGGUUCAUUAUUUGAUACUGGUGGACAAUGUGGCCUUCAUGUUGAGGAACAAGCAUUUUCAGGAUUAACCAGUGGCUUUCUGGCAGUUCUGGCACCCUAAUGCUGCGUUCAGACCAGCCACGGUAAAGGCGUCAAGCGCGAGUGAUUUCAAUCUUAAGUCAAUGUAAAGACAUUGACGCGCGUCUGGAGGUCUCGCGGCGUGAAUGAGCCGUUUUUAGCGUGGCGCGUUAGAAGUGAUUCGGCCUCAUUCGCGCGAAUUGAGUGUUGCCGUGGCAAUCGCGCAAGUUGAAAAAUUUGAAAUUUGGCGGAAAAACGCGCCUAGUUAACCAAUCAGGAGCUUGCUCUAGUAGUGACGUGAUUACAGGAAUCGAGCAGAGUCGCAGAAGCCCCUCCCAUGACUAGAAUUUCA